GCCAAGUAUUCUGUUACGUCAGAUAGGAUAUGUUUACAUUCCUGAUGUUAAUAAGUCAACCACCUGUGAUCAAUACUCGCUAUAGAAGUCCCAAGAAGCCACUGGCACUGCGCUGAUAUUUACCCCCCAAACUCCGGGUUUGUUCUUCGCAAACAUCAGUUUGGAAUACAGUAUGAAGAUUGGCUGAACAGACCAGAACUUUUAAAGAUUGCUUAAUCAAAGCUCUACGCAGAAAACUCAGAAAGGUCGUUUUUAAUUGGCUCAGGUCGUUUCUCGUCUAUUCGAGAUGCGAAAGGCUUCAAAUGGCUUUGGCCGUUAUUUCGACCACGAUAAAGAAUCAUUUGAUCUUAAAGAACUCAAACCAGGCGAUCAUAUUGUCCUGGAAAGUUCAUUUGGAUUAGGGGCUACGUUUUGGCAUCACAUGAUUGUUGAGAGUGUAAAUAUAUGUCUGGAACAGAUCAAUGUUAUUCAUUAUUAUCAUGAUUUAGAGCCAUUAUUCAAGUUGCCGUCUGUCUGCCGCACUUCGUUAACAUUCGUCCCAGACAGGUUUUACCGCAUUAUUUACGAGGAAAAUGAAACCAUCAUUGCACCUUCUGAAGUGUUGCGGAAAGCAGAAUCAAGGAUUGGGGAGAAACGGUACUGCCCUUUCACAAAUAACUGCGAACACUUUGCAAGCGAGUGUAAAACCGGCGUGAAAAAAUGUCAUCAGUUUUGGAUCUCAGUUGAAAUACUUGGAAAAAGUGCUUUGUCUAGUAUUACGUCGUUUUUAAACAGAGCUGUCAAGUGGUUUCGGAUGACAUUUCGCUCUGAGAACAGUUGGUUUAGACAACCAGGAGUGACAGAAAUCGUGGAAUAUGGGGCAAACAUUGGUACAGGGUUGUCUAUAUUCACCGCUUUUAUAAUCGAGGUAGCUCUUCUUGGUCAUGAUUGCAAAGAGGCGAAAACAAAAUUUGACGAAGAGAAGUUAACUCGUGAAGAAUAUUGCGAGGUGAUUGUGAAGAGAGUUUGUGGUGCUGCUUGUUCAAUCCCAGGAUUUGUGGUUGGUUUCGUCCUGGGUGGUAUGGUGCUGCCCGUUCUGGGAGCUUUUCUAGGAGGAGUUGUUGGUGAUUUUCUUGGAAAAGAGGCUGGAGGGAAACUAGGAGAGCUGUUGACACCUUUGUUCAUUGAACAUUUAGCAUGUAAAGAAAAGAUUGAAUGAUGUUAGCUUUUACUAUCCCGGAUUAUCAGGAUAGAAUCAAGCCAAAAUACGGCUGACGUAAAGCUUGUGGGUCAGACCUUUGGUGAAUGACUCAGGUUUAUGGCCCACACUAGGAUAGCGUCGCUUUUUUACUGAAUUCGGCGUGCAGCACGGAUUAAAAUAAACAUCAUUUAGUAAAAACUUGUAAUUAUAAAAAUAAUUCUGUUGCUGUACAUCAGCUGG